UCGCCCUUCUUCCGGUUGCCUCCCGCCCCACGUAGCCAUCUUCGUUUCCUGAACAAAAAGGGGCGAGAUUGGACAGACAAUCAGACAGAGAGUCGCUCCGUCUAACAUGAUAGAAAGCGCUCACGGACACGGCUGUGACGGUACAAUAUGAUCGGAGCCGGAGUGGGCGAAGAGGAAAACCAGCCGCGCGCCGUGUUGAGACUGGAAACCGUUAGCUAGCUAAGCAAAGCUGCUAGCUAGCUAGCUAACGGACAGUUUGGUAACGUCACGGUGGGAUAAAGAUAAGAUUAGCUUAGCUAGCUGGCUAACUAGCCAGCCUGUUUAGAGCAGCACGGUACAAGGCGUUAGCUAGCCAGCUGGCUAAGUGUUUAGCGAACGCGAAGGGGUGAAUAGUUAGAAAAAGGAGCUACACUUUAGUUAGUUGUAGAUUAUGGGUCAUAUUUUCAUCUGAAUCGCUCCAAGCAGCUCGGAAACACUGCUGCUCUUCUGAAUAGAGACGAAUAAGGAUUUCUUUUGCACGACGGGAUCAACUGCAAGCUGUGGAGCUGGCCAUGCCUGCGAGCGUUCGUGCCGGGAGUCUGAAGGACCCUGAAGUAGCAGAUCUCUUUUACAAAGAUGACCCUGAGAAACUCUUCACUGACCUUCGUGAGAUCGGCCACGGAAGCUUCGGAGCGGUGUACUUUGCACGAGAUGUUCGCUCCAACGAGGUGGUUGCAAUCAAAAAAAUGUCUUACAGCGGCAAACAGUCCAACGAGAAAUGGCAGGACAUCAUUAAAGAGGUGAAGUUCCUUCAGAAGCUUCGGCACCCCAACACUAUCGAGUACAAAGGCUGCUACCUGAGGGAGCACACAGCGUGGCUGGUGAUGGAGUAUUGCUUGGGUUCUGCCUCUGAUCUUUUAGAGGUCCAUAAGAAGCCCCUACAGGAAGUGGAAAUUGCUGCUAUUACCCAUGGUGCACUGCAGGGUCUGGCCUACCUUCACUCCCAUAAUAUGAUCCAUAGGGAUGUGAAAGCAGGUAAUAUUUUGCUUACUGAGCCUGGACAGGUGAAGCUUGGAGAUUUUGGCUCUGCCUCCAUUGUGGCCCCAGCCAACUCUUUUGUGGGCACGCCUUAUUGGAUGGCCCCGGAAGUGAUUCUAGCGAUGGAUGAGGGUCAGUAUGAUGGCAAGGUCGAUGUCUGGUCUCUGGGAAUCACCUGUAUAGAGCUGGCGGAGCGGAAGCCUCCCCUGUUUAAUAUGAAUGCUAUGAGUGCCUUAUAUCACAUUGCUCAGAAUGAGAGCCCCGUCCUGGCGUCAAAUCACUGGUCAGAUUAUUUCCGUAACUUUGUGGACUCUUGUCUACAGAAGAUUCCUCAGGACAGGCCUACCUCUGAUGUGCUGCUCAAUCAUCGGUUCCUGUGCAGAGAACGCCCCCUGUCUGUGGUAAUGGACCUGAUAGUGCGGACAAAAGAUGCUGUAAGGGAACUGGACAACUUGCAGUACAGAAAGAUGAAGAAGAUCCUCUUCCAAGAGACGCACAAUGGCCCUGCCCAGGACGGAGGCGAAGAGGAGGAGGAUGUGGAUCAGUACUUGCUGCGGAUGGGCACAGUCAACAGCAUGGAGAGUUCUCACUCUGUACCCUCCAUGUCCAUCAGCGCUAGCUCCCAGAGCUCGUCAGUUAACAGCCUGGCUGAUGGCUCGGAUGACAGCGCUGAAAUGGCCAUGAUGGGGGAAGGAGAACACACGGUCACUUCCAACAGCUCUAUCAUACACCGGCCCACUGGUCCUGACAAUAUCUACGAUGACCCAUACCAGCCCGAAAUUGACUCUCAACAGCCGCAGCAACAGCAGGCGACGUCAGGAGCUCGCAGGAGAGCACACUACCGCAACCGUGACCACUUUGCUACCAUUCGCACAGCUUCACUGGUAACACGGCAAAUCCAGGAGCACGAGCAGGGCUCAGCACUGCGCGAGCAGAUGACCGGCUAUAAGCGCAUGAGGCGACAGCACCAGAAGCAGCUGCUGGCAUUAGAAAACAAACUCAAGACUGAGAUGGAUGAGCACCAGCUGAGGCUGGACAAGGAGCUGGAGAGCCAGAGGAACAGUUUCAGCAGUGAAGCUGACAAGCUAGCCAAGAAGCACCAGGCUAUCCUGGAAAAAGAGACUAAAGCUGCACAGACUGAAGAAAAGAAGUUCCAGCAGCACAUUCUGGGCCAGCAGAAGAAGGAGCUCACCAACUUGCUGGAGUCUCAGAAACGCCAGUACAGGCAGCGCAAGGAGCAACUUAAAGAGGAGCUGAGUGAGAACCAGUCCACCCCUAAGCGGGAGAAGCAAGAAUGGCUGGUGAGGCAGAAGGAGUGUCUCCAGCAGUUCCAGGCAGAGGAGGAAGCUGGUUUACUGCGGCGCCAGAGACAGUAUUAUGAACUCCAGUGCCGACAGUAUAAAAGGAAGAUGCUGCUAGCAAGACACAACCUGGAGCAGGAUCUGCUCCGAGAGGAGCUGAAUAAGCGGCAGACUCAGAAGGAUCUGGAGUGUGCCAUGUUGCUGCGGCAUCAUGAGUCCACUCAGGAGCUGGAGUUCCGUCAGUUGGGCCUGGUGCAGCACACACGGGCUGACCUUAUCCGCACACAGCACCAGAGUGAGCUGGCUAAUCAGAUGGACUACAACAAGCGGCGUGAGCAGGAACUCCGGCAGAAACAUAGCAUGGAGGUCCGUCAGCAGCCCAAGAGCUUAAAGACUAAGGAGCUCCAGAUCAAGCGGCAGUUCCAGGACACGUGUAAAAUUCAGACACGGCAGUACAAGGCCCUGCGGAACCACCUGCUGGAGACCACACCCAAGUCAGACCACAAGGCUGUGCUGAAAAGGCUAAAGGAGGAGCAAACACGAAAGUUAGCCAUCCUUGCUGAGCAGUAUGACCACUCCAUAAAUGACAUGCUGUCCACACAGGCUGUGAGUAAGCUGCGGUUGGAUGAGACACAGGAGGCGGAGUAUCAGGUGCUGCGAAUGCAGCUGCAGCAGGAGCUGGAACUACUGAAUGCGUACCAGAGCAAGAUCAAAAUGCACACAGACACACAGCACGAGAGGGAAGUCAAAGACCUGGAGCAGAGAGUAUCCAUUCGCAGAGCGCUGCUUGAGCAGAGGAUUGAAGAGGAGAUGCUGUCCCUGCAGAAUGACCGAUCAGAGCGAAUCCGAACGCUGCUGGAGCGCCAGGCUCGAGAGAUCGAGGCCUUUGACUCUGAGAGUAUGCGUCUGGGCUUCAGCAACAUGGCACUAACCGGAAUCCCAGCUGAGGCCUACAGCCAGGGCUACACUAACCCACCCUCAUCAGGUUCGGGCGGUUGGCCAUCACGCCCUGUACCCCGCUCAGGCAGCCACUGGACCCACGGCGUCCAGAACUCUGCAGCACCGCCAUCCUGGAGGAGCCAGAACAGUACUCCAGCGUUCAGCCGAGGGGAGUCUAUAUCCAUCUCGAGCCGUGAGCGUGAAAGGGACGGAGAUAGGGAUUUUGACACUCCAGUAUCACGUGGCCUGCCCAGUUCUCUGUCCUCUGCCUCCUCUUCCUCAUCAUCUUCCUCUUCAUCUCAUCAUCGCCUACAUUACCUGGCUCAGCAGUACCACCAUCAGAGUACGCCGCACCUGUACCGCGAGCGUGAGCGAGAACGGGAAAGGGAGAGAGAUCGGGAGCGUGAAAGAGAGUGGGGGGGCAAUGGAGGAAGCCACCGCGCGUCCUCUUAUGCUCAUGGCCACUCGCGCCAUCUUUCCAGCCAUGCGUCCUCGCAGUCUCUGGCUCUCCUCCCUCCUCCUCCACCACCUCCACCAGUCUCUUUUUCACCCUCAUCUCCACCAUCAUCCUCUUCCUCCUCCUCAUCUCAGGGUGGCUAUGGGGGGAGGAGUGAGGGUCUGGUAGUCAGGGGCCCCAGUUUAAUGGCCCUGAGGAACAGCCCAGGGCCACUAAGGAGGACGGCGUCAGGAGGAGGGCCUGGUGGAGCAGCCGGGGAUGGAGGGUUGAGCCGCAGCACCUCCGUCACCUCCCACAUCUCCAAUGGUUCCCAUCUCUCCUACUCUUAGUGCGUAGGCAUGAAGCGUUCACCUUAAUCCACAGGAGAUCUACUGGAGUUGUAUUUUUAGUAUUUAGAAGGCUGAUUUACUCCUUUGGUUAGUGUUUAGUGUGGAAUGAGUGAUCUUUAUUCCACUCCUUUAACUGUAAUCAGGUGGCAGUACAGUAGUUCUAGCUGAGGCUGCGACUUUGGCUCGGAGUAGUGUUACAUACAGCAAAUGGCAGACAUCACCUAUACUUUUGGUAGAUUGAUAGACCUCAGGGUUACUAAGGGAAGGUUGGGGCUGGGGAAUGAAAGAAAGGGAGAAGAGUGUAGCAAAAUAUGAAAGGAAUGGUAGGUGCUUGAGAAUUGGAGAUGAGAAGUGAAUGUGAGCAGUGCCAAUACUGUAGGGCUGGCGACUCAUCCGGUCAUCCAGUGGCUCUGCUGGGGGAUACUUGUAGUCCUGGGAUCAGAAAUUCAACACACUACCUCCAGCUUUUGCUCAUUUUGCAAAGAUAAGUGCUUGAUCUGCUUACUGUGGAGUGCUAGCACCCCUUCAUAACUAACACUACACAAGUAAUAAAGCGUCAAGAUCCAUAGAACAGUAACCGUUACAGUCUACAAACCUUUUUUUUUUUUUCCCCCCCAACCCUUGAGCAGAUGGAGAAUUCCUACGAGCCUCCAUCAGCAAUUAAAGCUCCAAGCAAGAAUUGCUGCAAUGUCAGUUUUCAGUAUCGCAAAUGUAGACACUACAUCACCAGACACUACAGAGCCCAUUCUGGUGCUGUUUCAGCAGUUCCUGCUUCGAGACUUUUAUGCUCCAGGAUUUAUAGCAGAACUGUUUGAAUGUGAGCUUUACUAUUGAAGGAGGGGCGGUAGUGUCCGAAUCAGCAUGGUGUUGGUUUAAAGGCAUUAAACUAACAAACUGGGAGGGUGCUUAAAGAAUGCCAUGUAGUUAUGUAUAUAAUAAAACUCUACUAAAAACAUACCGGUCGUUAAAAUGCACAUUUGUAUUGGGGACAAGGAGAUUUGAUUUUAUUUUUAAAGCCAUUCUUACGUCGCACACUGCCAUCCAGAGGCCUGCCUGACUAACCGAAAGCAACCCCGUCCACUGCCCUUAUAUGGGCGUGCUGCCAGUUUCAUUAGCUCUGGCUGAGCAAUAACUGUUAAUGACCAUUGUUUGUGGUUGUGUUACAUAGUAAUACACACCUGAGGUGUUUUGAGUAUAUUGCGAAGGGCAGUAUAUAAGUCAAUGCAUCCCCUUGUCUCAGUUUACAAAGGCAAAUGUAUAUUUGAUGUACAUGUCCAUAAGAGAGCUGAUUGCAGUUCAGUGCAUCGAAGGCUAAUGUACAGAGGCCAUUUGUAUACAAACGUACACACACUGCACAUUUAUAUAAGAGUGAGUAUAUGUGUAUUAUACCAAGGUUUAAGAUUGUCCACUGUUAAACACUUUCGACCUAUAUUGUACUUGUAUAAUGUGUGUGUACAUAAAAGCACUAACUCUUGUAUAGGAUAAUCAUAGUUUUGCUAUGGAAACUAGUAAUUGGAAAGUAAGAAGUGGGGAAAAUACUGUUAUUUCAACUACUGCAGUUGUAAUAUUUGUUAUUCAAAACUAAUUCUUUUGCGCUUUUUUUUUUUAAUUAUUUUAAAUUUUUCUUUCUUGCCAAUGUUGACCACUAGUUGGAGAAUGCAAGUGAUGUUACUGUGAUGGAGAACUUGAGAAGUCUCAUGGUUUUUUUUUUUUUGUUUGUUUUUGGUUUUUUUUAGGGAAAGGGCAAAAAAAAAAAAAGACGACCUAUCCCAGCAUUCCUUAUGUCUCAGGGUAGGAGUCUGUUGAGAAGUGCAUUGAAGGGAUUGUAGUAUUUUAGAGCCAGUAUUAAAUGUGUACAGGAUGUUUUAAGAGAAUUUUAGUGUAUAGAAAGUUUCUAGAUAAUUGUGUGUGUUUACACCACAUCCAGCAUGUUUUGUGACGCCAUUUUGCGCUGGGAUGGGGUCCCCCAUCCCCCAAAUUUCUGGACAACCUGAGCUGUUUACACUGAUAAGCCAAACGUAUUGCAUAUUGUCCCACGGAACAGAAAUUGUCACAGUAAACUGAAGCAGGCUACAUGCUGCCAGAUCCGCACAGGCACCAGCGUUUACUUGAAUGUGAUUUCUUUAUUUUGAGGUGCAAUACCAUACAUGCAGUGCGUGCCUGGCUUUUUUUUUUUUUUUUUUUUUUUUUAAAGCAUCCGUUCUCUUCUGCGUCUUUCAUGACUUGAUAUCUUCAGUCAGUUAGUUUUUUUUUUUUCUUCACUUCUGUACUGUAAUCUGUUUACUGUUGCAAAAAGAGAACACCUCCUGAAUCUCUGUAGCUUUGGCCUGCUUCCCUCCAUUUUGCGUUACAGCAAAACAUGCUGGAUUCAUAAUGGUGUCAGAACUGAAGGUGGAGUUUCCAAGCCUGGGUAGAGCUGAGAGGUGGGACUGGUUAGAAGAAUGUGUGCUAAAAUUGUCCCAAUUUUGCUGUUGUAAAGGAAAUUGGGACAGCUGAUGUCCAAGACGUGUGUGUGUGUGUGUGUGUGCGUGCGUGCGCGUGUGUGUGUGUGUGGAUACGCACAUGAUGGAGUAUGUCCUCAAGGGACGUUUGUAUGUAGAAGCAUGUUUAAAGAAGUGUUUCUCACAGAAGUGCUAUACAUAACGAGGCCAAACUAUGUUCAGGUUUAACAAGAGCAGGAAAUCUCAAAAAUGGGUGAGAACUUGUACAGAAUUCAUUAACAAGUCAUUAAAAAGGUUACAAAUUU